GUGCCAUAGUGACGAACACAGCAACAGACGCGUUUUCAAGGCAAAAACAUCCGCGUUAUAUGCUAGUCAUUACUCUUAUUUUACAUGAUUUACAGCUAAAACGGCAUUGUCUAGGCUAAUUGACAUUCGUGUGUUUAACGUUACUGGAUUAAAAGACAGCAAUCAUGUCUUUCAGAGAUCUGAGAAAUUUUACAGAGAUGAUGCGAGCGCUUGGCUACCCUCGUCUCAUUUCCAUGGAAAACUUCAGAUCUCCAAACUUCCCUUUAGUAGCUGAGAUUCUCAUCUGGCUUGUCAAGAGAUAUGAGCCUCAGAUGGAAAUUCCCAGUGAUGUUGAUACAGAGUCAGACAGAGUGUUUUUCAUCAAAGCUGUGGCUCAAUUUAUGGCCACUAAAGCUCACGUGAAGCUGAAUCUGAAGCGUCUCUAUCAGGCGGACGGUUACGCUGUGAAAGAGAUGCUGAAAAUCACCAGCAUCCUCUAUAAUGCCAUGAAAACCAAAGAGAACGCAGGUGGCGACCAGAACAAUGAUGAAAACAGCAAGUUCAAGUUUGAUCUGGGCUCAAAGAUUGCGGAUUUAAAGCUGGCUCGUCAGCUGGGCUCGGAGAUUACAGCAAAGGGAGCAGCUCUGUUUGACCUGCUGGGGGAAGAAGAGGACCUGAGAGAGAGCAGGACAGCUGCAAUUGCGCGACCACUAGAGAUCACAGAGACAGAGAGAGCCAUGAGAGCGGCGGUCAAAGACGUUACGGAGAGCAUACAAAUGACAAAAGAUUUGCUCAACAACGUGUCAUCGGAUGAGGCUAGUCUGGAGGCCAAAAUCGAGAAGAAGAAACAAGACCUGGAGAGAAACCAGAAACGUUUGCAAACCCUACAGAGCGUGCGCCCAGCAUUUAUGGAUGAAUAUGAGAAGAUUGAGGAGGACUUGGAGAAACAGUACCAGACGUAUGUGGAGAAAUAUCGUAACCUGAGCUUCCUGGAGCAGCAGCUGGACGACUAUCACAGAGUGGAGCAGGAGAGAUUCGAGGAAGCAGAAAUGGCAAUGAAAAUGAGGCAGAACAAAUUAAAAGAGGAGGAGAAGAGGCUCAUGAGGAGCGGAGUAGCCAGAGAUGAAGAUUCUGACGUGGACAUACCAGAGGAUGAAGGCUCUGAUAGCGACAUAGAUGACGGACAGCAGGCCAGACCGCACCACCCUCGACACGCACAAAUAUCAGGUCGAGGUGGCGCUCGAUUCAUCGGCAGUAUGAGAGGAGGAGACAGCGAAGAGUCAGAGGACAGCGAGAUUGACGUAGACGACGAUGAUGAUGAAGAUGGUGAGGAAGAUGAAGAGGAAAAUGAAGAUCUGGAUGAAGAUAAUGACAGUCUGGAGGGAUCAUCUGCCAAACCUGGACGUACAAACCAAUCACUGCACCCACAAAUCCUUGAGGAGAGCGAUAAUGAUUUUUAACAUCAUCAAAACGUUGAUAAAUUAAGACUUAAAAUACGCUGUAUUUAUUAAAAUAUUCAUGAUUCUUGUGUAAAUUGCUGAAUUGAAGGUAAAUGUAUGUAAAUAUACAUCUAUAUCUCAUUUGUAUUCCUGUUAAAUAUUUGUAUUCAGUUUGACGCUGUUGUUGUUUGACAAAAAAUGUUUUAUUAAGGCUGUCAGUAAUGUUAUAUAAAAUAUAUUACAUUUAACACUUAUUUUAAU